GUCGUCCGGCCCCCUCCUCUCGAGGUGCGGGAACAUCUGGCGACAAGGCGACAACAGUGUUAACCCCCCACCACGCCGGAGGGUGGCCGCACCGGCGACGAACACGACCACUACCCCGCCGGAAGAAAUUGGCAGGCACGUGUGGGAGUCUUGUCACUAACAGAUGCGGGGACCAACUGCUGAGAACAUAACGAACAGGAUGUCGAGCAUGCGUGUUGGUAGCGAUGCGGAUGGGGACAACACCCUGAGGGCGACUGGUGACGAAUCUUCAGGUUUUCAUUGCGAGGACGAAGCGGACGAUGAGGAAGAGUUGGAGAUUCGACCCCUGGGUGUGCGUGGUAGAGGGAGGGGUGGAUGCGAGUGUCAACAAAAUCGGGGAUCCCGUCGUGGUCGAAUAUCGAAGGCACCUGCAGGCGACAAGGGUGGUAAACAUCCGACUUGGAGUGUUGAGGAGAUGCUGAAGCUCGCUCAGGUGAAGCGGGAUCAGCAAGCUCAUUUCGAUGGCAUGCCGCACAACUACGGCCCCAUACGCAAUAGGGAAUGGAAGUUGCAGGACCUGCAGAAGCGUUUGGUGGAGAACGCCUCCUGGGGGAAGAACUUCUUCAACUUAACGCCUGCAUUGAGAACGAAAGAGGGCUUCAACUUCCGAAUGGAUGAGCGAAUGUACCUUGACAACCUCGCCGACACGAGUGCCCGUGGAGAAGUGCAGAUGUCGGGGGACACGCAACGUCCAUCAUCGGUCGAGGGAGAAUCUGUCGCAGGAGGAGACGCGGGUGAUGGCAAUGAUGAAGAUGGAGGGUCGGCGAGGGAGUCCGGGUUCAGUGCACGCAGCACGGGCAACGCUGGCAAGAGGAAGAACAUGCGCCAGCGGACGUUCGACAUCAUCGCCGAAGUCAUGGAGAAGCACGGUGCAUUGAUGGCGGACACUGUGGAGAAGGAAAGCAACCGGCAGUGUUCCAUCCUGGAGUGGCAGUGCGACAUACUCGAGCAUGAGGUCGACGCCCAGAAGCGGCACUACGAGGCGUUCGACGAGGCGAACAAGAUGAUGUGCAGUGCGUUGAUGGAGAUCGCGAAAGCCAUCAGGGACAUGGGGGAGAAGAUGUCUCAGUCGUGGAGAUCGCCGACGCUUGGAUUUGGAAGAGAUAGCGUAAGCAGGGAGCAUUUUGAAGCACUAGUUGCCCUUGGUGCGCCAAGAAUUGGUCAUGGUGGUGGAAGUGGAAGCGUGCGUUCUCAAGGGAUCGUCAUUAGUGAGUUGGCACCACAAACACUUGUGACUUCAACGGCGAUGAUCGUGUCCGCUGUUGAACGUGGGGACAAAGGACCCGUCCAUGUGCCACAAGAGCGCCACGUGGAGCCGUCGAACAUGAACACGGUUGGCGGGUGGUCGAGGGAAGUUGUCUUGUUGUCGCAUGCAGGAAGCGGCGCCACCGCACCACGUGGCCUCAUCAUGCCACCCCCAGAUGUUCCACGUUUGCGAAUCCACGAUCCUGCGCCGCAGGAUGCAACCCUUGGACGAGCGAGAAGGAUGGAGAACGUCGCUAUGCGAGUCAUCCACCGGUGGAUCUUCAGGUUGUCUUCAAGAUCCGACGGUUUCGCCCGCGAUGAGUCGUAUGUCGCCGUUGAUUACACGACCAAUCUGGCGAGAGCAGUUUGGCAGAGCGUGGAGUGGUCGAGGGUAGUGUCGCCUAGUGUUGUUUACCACACGCUCGCUCUAAGGAUCGACAUUCCAUUGUGGUAUGUGGGGGCCUACAUCGAGGACAGGCUUGAGGACGAUGACAUGGCUGCCCAUCAAGAGUCCACAAUUUUGCGUUUGGCUUCCAGCUUUCACGAUGCGCUCCGAGGCAGCCAAUGGUCCGACAACGGAAAGAUGUCCCUGUCAAGGUUGAGCAGAUUCGGGAAUGCCUUCCGCCUGCUUCUCGCCACGUGCAUGUGGAUCAUGUGCAUGGGAGGCGAUGACGUGCGCUCCCACGAGGAGGCGUUGUACUACUCGCAACUCGAGGUGAAGCCUAUGCUCAUGGCGGCAGGGUCGCAGCCCUUCAGCUGACGCCGACAUAUACUCCAGUCCGCAAAUGCGAUUUUGACUCGCCUCGGGAAGCCGCCCUUGACGAUGGGUGCGUAUCCCAACUACAUC